AUGAAGCCUAUCGCAAUUUUAGUGGUUCUAUCGUGCGCCUUGCUUGCCGCAUCGGUGCCGCAGGGCUACAAGUACCAGCAGCCCCAAGUGGUGCAACAAGGGCAGCAGGUGAAGCAGACGGUGCCACUUGGCAAUCUUCGCCCCCAGACGCCGGUCUCGUCGAGCGGAAUUUACUCAGUUCCGCAAGCCCCUUCGUUGGGCCAAUUCAGCGUGCAGACACAACAGCAACAACAGCAACAACAACAAAUUCAGACUAUUCAGAACAUCGCAUCUCCUCCCGCUUCCAUUGGAUUGCCUGCGCCCAUUCCCGUACAGGCACCAAUAGCUCUUCCGCAAUUGCAAGUGCCCCAGCCGCAGCAACAGCCACAGCUGGUUAGCUAUCAGCAGCCCCAACAAUUUGUACAGAAUGUUCAGCAGCCGCAGCAACAAUUUGUGCAGACUCAAUAUGUGCAGCGACCCGCUAUUGUGACGAAGGAUAUCUAUAUUCACUCCGCUCCCGACGAUACUGAGGAGAUUGGUCAAGCCGGACCUGGAUUAGACAGUGGUCCCAUCCGCAAGAACUAUCGCAUUGUGUUCAUUAAGGCUCCUAGCCAGAAUCUGCGAUACACCGCCGCUGCCUUGAAGCGCGCUCAAGCAACUAACGAGGAGAAGACAGUCAUCUAUGUGCUGUCCAAGAAACCUGACAUUAGCGAAAUCCAACAGCAAUUGCAGGUCACUCAAUCCGAGGCCAAGGUGCACAAGCCGGAAGUCUACUUCAUCAAGUACAAAACGCAGGAGGAGGCUCAGCGCGCUCAACAGGAAAUUCAGGCACAAUACGACGCUUUAGGUGGCGCCACGCAUAUCUCUGACGAAGGCAUUGCUCCGAUUACUAGCGUCUCCGGAGGCCCCUUGAACCUGGGCAGCCUUGUACCACAGCAAAUUCAAUCACAGCAGAUUGUGCAGCCCCAUAUCCAGACCAUCUCGCAAUCCAUUUCGCAACCACAAAUUGUGCAGACGCACACCACGCAGGAGUUAUCGCAUGGCAGCCAGCAGCAGACAUUUGUGCAGCAAGGGGGCUUCCAAGCCUCUUCUCUGGGGACUGGCAUUAACUUUGGUGCCAGCCUGCCAUCAAGAAAAUAUGUUCCCGCCAAAGCUUUGAAAUAA